UUAAGCUUUCUGGCUGACCCCAGAGAAGUGGAGAGCGGCCUCACGGCACCAGGAAACGGCGCGGCGCUAGACGUCCGAAGGCUGGAACGCAGGGGUUCUGCGCUGCCGCCACAGCAGCGGUAAAACAGAAGUCUUCCGGAAGCCAGGCGUCCGGGCGGAAGCAGCGUCCUUCCCCGAGCCGUGGCCCCAAUGCUGCGCACCUUGGCAGCCUCAGGCUCCUACCGGCAGCCAAGGCAGCAGCCUCAUCUGGUGAGAGGGAGGAAGGGAACUUGGCGCAUACCCCGCGCCGCACCAGAGAGCUGAAGCCACCGUCCGCACUGCCAAAACGGGCAUGUUAAUGCCUCGGAGCAGCUAAGGUCUAUCUACAGAAACAUUUGUUUAUUUUCCUACCCUACGUUUGUCCUAAACAUGGACAAAUUAUAUCGCCUUCCGGGAUAGUACUCUUUACCUGGCCCGCAGAGCUCCUUUUGCUUCAAGGCGUGUUUGAUGCUUCCAGUCUCUGAAUUCUGUCUGAUACGCUGCUGGGCAUAAUAUUUAAACACAAACUGUUAAUUUGCUUUUUCCGUAGAUGGGCCGGAAAUACUAUUCUUUGUCUUUCGGGUGAUGAUAUUGAAUAUGCCUUUUUAGCAUAUUAAAAUGGCUGUACCUAAAGACGCCAUCCCUUCCUUGUCGGAAUGCCAGUGCGGGAUCUGCGUGGAAAUCUUGAUCGAGCCCGUAACACUGCCUUGUAAUCACACGCUCUGUAAUGCAUGCUUCCGAUCUACUGUCGAAAAGGCGAAUUUAUGCUGUCCCUUCUGUCGCCGCCGAGUCUCUUCGUGGACCCGGUACCAUACCCGAAGAAAUUCUCUUGUUAAUAGGGAGCUGUGGGAGAUAAUUCAAAAACACUAUCCAAAGGAAUGCAAGCUUAGAGCCUCUGGAUUAGAAUCAGAAGAAAUCGUUGAUGACUAUCAGCCAAUUCGUCUGUUAAGUAAACCUGGGGAAUUAAGAAGAGAAUAUGAAGAGGAGAUUAGCAAGGUAGAGGCAGAGCGACGAGCCAAUGAAGAAGAAGAAAACAAAGCCAGUGAAGAAUACAUACAGAAAUUAUUGGCAGAGGAAGAAGAGGAGGAAAAAAGACAGGCUGAAAAAAGGAGAAAAGAGAUGGAAGAACAGCUGAAAAGUGAUGAAGAACUGGCAAGAAAGCUAAGCAUUAAUAUUAAUAAUUUCUGUGAGGGAAGUGUCUUGGCUUCUCCUGUGAAUUCCAGAAAAUCUAAUCCAGUCACUACCAAGUUGCAAAAGAAAAGUAAGAGCAAACAAAUAAAUACUGGAGAUAUUCAAAAAUAUUUGUCACCUAAAUCUCAAUUGGGGUUAGCAUCACAGUCUGAAGUUGUACAAGAAGGCAAGAAUAACUCCAUGUCUAAGGAAACUGACAGUAGUGAUAUAAAGAGCCUUACCUGGCAAGACACAGAAAUUGAGGAAGAUAUGCCAACACUGUCUCCACAAAUAUGCCUUGAAAUUCAAGAACAAGGUACAAAGUCUUCGGUAGAGUCACCUAUGCCUCAGUUAUGUGCAAAUGGUAUAGAAUGGUGCCUUGAAGGAGAAGUCAAAAUAAAACCAAGCAAUCAUGAUAAAGAGUUAUGUGUCAUAAAUCAUGAGGGACCUAAAGCCAGCAUUCCUUAUUCCAGAGAAGCUGCAGUUAAGCCUUAUGGCAAAACAGAGAGUGGGUGCACUAUACCGGAUAUGACACAGAUAAUUGGAAAUAACACAGUUGAGACAGAAAAUGAAGAGUCUCACCUACUGAUCAGUAAAGAAGAUAUUUCCAAAAGAAAAAACCAGGAAUCGUCAUUUGAAGCAGUCAGGGAUCCAUGCUUUUCUGCAAAAAGAAAGAAAAUGGUCCCCAAAGCUUCCUCAGACCAAGAGGAAGCAGAAAUCAACUUUACCCAAAAACUGUUAGACUUGGAACAUCUACUUUUUGAGAGACAUAAACAAGAAGAACAGGAUAGGCUAUUAGCAUUACAGCUUCAAAAAGAGGUGGAUAAAGAACAAAUGAAGCCAAACCGGCAAAAAGGAUCCCCGGAUGAAUAUCAGUUACGUGCUACACCCUCACCUCCAGACAAAUUGCUAAAUGGACAGAGGAAGAAUCCCAAAGAUAGGAACUUAAGAGGACAAACUGAUAGAGAGCAUUCAAAACCUCAGAGAAGCUCAAAAAAUGAAAAUUGGCAUCCUUCUUUUAACAUACAGUUGAAACAUUCAGUUAAUGUUAAGAGAAGAAAGAUGCCAAAAUCUAGAGAUAAUUAUAACUUAUCUAAAAGUGCUCAUUCCCUACAGCCUAGUAAGUCACAGAAAAGUAUUUUUCAGAUGUUUCAGAGAUAACACAAAGUAAUGCAUGGGUAAAGGGAGUGUUUUAUAAUCUAGUAAAGCUGGAUUGUGAAGCUCUCUUUAUCAUAGAAUCUUUAUAAAUUUUUUAUUAAUUCUGCUCUGUAGGCACACUCAUUGUCCAUAACUAUAAGGACUGCAGUUACCAGGAUGGGAAUAUACAAGUGUGUUUCUGCCAAACGCAAUGAUAAGCAAAAGUCCCAAUCCUUUAUUAAUAACUGUAAUGUGCCAAGUUUGACAGUCCUUAUAGGCAAUAGAUAUAAAAAUGCCUGGGCUAACUCCCAAGAAAUCUUCAAGUGCCAUUUUAUUUUCCCCCAAAAUGCAUGUUUUAUGGCCUUUACUAAUCAUUUUGUCCUGACUGGCAAUCAAAACAAGAUUAUACUAUACGAAAUAGUAAAUGGAUUCAGGUUUCACAUCUAAGUUUUCUUGCUACUUUGCUGUGUACUUGUAGAACUCUUGAAAUUCAUCAUUAACACUACCAUCUUUUUAAUUAAGCAUUACAGCAUUUUUUUUUAUUAUUUAAAAUGAGUUAGGAUCAGUGUGGAAUCAUAAAAAGAGUUUUCUGGAAAAUUAGUAAUUGACAGAAAGGAAACUAGAUUCUUGAUGUAAAAGGAGUUAAGAGUUGGGAUGAGGCUAAAUACAACAGACUGAUAAUUUAGAAGCAUUGGAACUGAGUGGGUGAUCAGAAACAGUCCAAGGUGGAGUAGCAGGUAUAGUUUGGCAAAGCAUCCCUUUCUUUGCUAGCCACAGAAAACAUGGGGGCGAGGGGGGCGGGGGUUACAGCUUUUCACAGCAUAGUAUGGUGUCAAAAUCAAAAUUAGUUACUUAAAUUACCUGAAAUUUUGGAAAUUUACAUUUCUAUUAAUCUAUCCGAGAAAAAAAUUAGAAUUUACUGUAGGAGAGUUAUGUCACAAAUUCCUGUGUUGUAGAACCUGAAACAUAAAAACCAUGUGUUUAUUUCCUUAUAUUAUCAUUUUUAUUGAUAGUGACUUUUGUGUUUAUGGACGAAAUAGAAAGUAUGAUACUUGGGUUUUGCCCUAUAUUACCCCUUAAAUCAGAGGCAAUGAUUUCAUUUUCUGAAAUUUAACUUAGCAACUGUUAAUCUUGGUUUAAUGUGAACAACCGAGCAAACCACAGUUUUAACAGCAUUUCUGCUGAUGUCUAGUUAUCCAUCCUUUUAAGGUAAAAACACAACAAAAUGACCUAGAGCUACUUCUAGCUUAAAUUUGUCGAUAUUUUAAUAUAUAUUGAGAUUUUUUUUCCCCUCCAAAUUUUAUAACUGAAAUUCUGUUAAUCUUUGCAUACUUGGUGGCAUCUAUUCAAUGUUGAUUUAGUAAUUAUGGGUAAGUAGAAUUUUGAUGGUAAUUUAAAAUUUAGUUUGCCCUUUCAAAAAAAAAAAUUGCCCUCUGAGUAACGAUUGUUCUGAAAUGAAGUAUAGUCUGAAAUUAACCAAAUUUGUGUAAAAUAGACUAAAAUCUGUCUUCACAUCAAACCAGUUUUUUUCUAGAGCAAUUUCAUUUUACAUUUGGUAGGGGGGGUAGACAUUGUUGGAACUCCUCGAAUUAAGUUAUAUAAUUUAAUCAUCCUGGAAUAGUCUGUGACCAAAAAGGGGAUGGGGGGAAUAGUGUGAUAUAGUUAGGAUUUGUAUUAUUUAACCACUCAUUUGUCUGUGAAGAAGUCUUCCUGAAUAAAGCUGGUUUUAAAGUAAAUUUUAAUUUCUCUAUUAGUCUUUCUGAUAGUCCUACCAUGUGUACUUUUUUGUUAAAAAAUAAUAAAUGAUUUGUGAUAGUCAUUAGAAUGUAUUGCUACUUUUUCCUCUCAUUUUUGUAAAAUGGAGAUGAGAGUUUAAUUUCUAAGGGAAUACUAAAACUGCAGAGGAAUAUUAAAAAUAAAAAUGGACUAUUAUACAUUUUACCACAAUUUAAAAAAUAAAAAUUAAUUACAUAAAAAUAAAUUCUGCAUUAAAAAAAAAACUACCAUAAAGGAAAAUUGGAAGAUAUGGCAAACAGGGAAGAAACAGAUGCAGUCAUUACAAAGAGCUAAUUUUUUUAUAAAAGUGUCUGCCAGUACAUUAAGAAAAAGACUAACAACCCAAAAGGGAAAUUAGAAAAGUUUAUCUUCCUAAGAAACAUAGUUUCCAGGAAAGGAAAUGUAAAUGGUUUAAAUAUGUGAAAAGAUGCUUGAUAUCACUUACACUAACGGUCAUAUGUUUUUUUACCCUUCAGAUUAGUAAAGAUAAAGGUGCUUUUUCUGUGUGUAUUUAUGUAUGGGUAUUUUUUUUUUUAUCUUGGAAAGUGUGUGGAGAAAUAGGGACUCUUAAUGUUGCUUGGUAUAAAUAGAAAAUUUUUAAUCCCUUUGGAGGUAAACUUGGCAGUUUUACCUCUAGGACUUUCUUAAAGCUAUCUUCACAUGUGUGUAGAAUGGCAUGUACAAAACAUUUUUGUAUGGCAUUGUAAUAAACUUAGAAACAACCUUAAUGUCAUAUUAAUAGACACUAAAUAAAUGAAUGUGUAGUGGAAUACUACAUAGCAGUUAAAAAUCCACACUUUUACAGAUAUGAAAAGAAUGAUAAUAGAGUUAAGUAAAAAUACAAGAUGUAGAAUAGCAUGUAAUUUGUCCAAAAAAGGGAAACAUGUAUUUGCAUAAAAUAUGUCUAGAAGGAGAAAUAAUAAAUGUUAGCAGGGAGAGAAACUGGGUGGCUGUGAGAUAGGAGUGAAAGAGUGACUUUUACUAUAUGUUCUUUUUAUACUUUUUGAAUUUUCAAUCAUACUGAAUAUAUCUAGUCAAAAAAUUUAAUUGUUCUUAAAAUGUUGCAAAAUAAAGGAAGCUUAUAUAUCUCAA